UUCAAGAAUUGAUGAGCCUCUGUUUUAGUGGUUUACUUAUGGGGACAGCUUUGAAAUCGUACCAAAAAGCAGAGAUGCAUUCCUUUCUUAAUGGGGAAGACUUAUCCAACCCUAAUUUGACCAGACAUCUGACGUGACAUAUAGUACUCCACGCUGUGACGUGUUUCAUACAUAUCAAGGAGAGAGAAAAAGAGGUCCCAGUAUUAAUACCUUUGCCUUUUUCAAGCUGCUUCUUGGCUUUGAUUCGAUGAUCAUGUUUUGUGCACGGGUUGCUCUGAACAGCAGGAUUUUCAGAGCUAUAAUUUGAUUAUCAUUCGGACAUAAGACACUGUUACAUCCACAUACAUCAAAUGCAGUUCCAAGCAGCAAUGGCUUUCUCAUUUUUCAAGAAGCCUAAAACGCCCGCAGAACUGGUGAAGGCCACCAGAGAUGCUCUCAUGGCUCUCGAUACAAAGACCGUUGCAGAAGUCAGGCUUCUCGAUAAGGCAUUAGAAGAAGUAGACAAAAAUUUGUCAGCGAUGAGGCAGAUGCUUCUUGGUGAUAGUGAGACAGAGCCUAAUCCAGAACAGAUAUUGCAGCUAUUACUGGAAACUUGCAAGGAGGACCUUCCAGAAUUGCUUGUUCUGAAAUUAUCAACUCUUGGAUGGGAAGCUAGAAAGGAUGUAGUAACUAUUUGGUGUACUCUAUUGAGCCAGAAAGUCAGCCCUACCAACCAUUGUUUGGAAUACAUGGAUAAGCAUACAGAGCUUAUUGACUUUCUGGUUUCAUGCUAUGAGAACAAGGAGACGGCUUUGAAUUGCGGGAGUAUGUUGAGAGAAUGCACAAAAUAUCCUACAUUGGCAAAAUACAUGUUGGAGUCAGCUAGCUUCGAGUUGUUUUUCAAGUAUGUGGAGCUUCCAAAUUUUGAUAUAGCUUCAGAUGCUUUUACAACAUUCAGAGAUCUGCUUACAAGGCAUGAAAAGGUGGUAUCAGAAUAUCUGACGAAAAAUUAUUCACAGUUCUUUGGACUCUAUGAGAGAUUUCUGACAUCAGGAAAUUAUGUAACACGGCGGCAAUCUCUGAAGCUACUCUCAGAAUUUCUCCUUGAGCGCCCAAAUGGAGCAAUUAUGGUGCAGUAUAUCUCUGAAGUGCAAAAUUUGAAAGUGAUGAUGACAUUGCUGAAGGACCCAAGCAAAAUUAUCCAGUCAUCUGCAUUCCAUGUCUUCAAGGUCUUUGUUGCCAAUCCUAAUAAACCGCCUGCCAUAUGUUCACUACUAUAUAAGAACCGUGAAAAAUUGCUGACGUUUUUGGAAAGUCUCCACUUCGGCAGAGAAGAUGAGCAAUUCGAAGAGGAGAAAAUCAUUGUCAUGAAGGAAAUUAAAGGACUGCAGGCUCCCAUUGACAGGCACUAGAUACAUGCUUCAUUUCCUUUGUUUUCUGAAUUGCUUCCAACCAAGUGGCAUCUUUGCAAUUGCUUAUUAAGCCAGUGGCAGAAGGCCUUCUACUUCAUGAUUCUUAUAUUGGCAGGUAUUAUCUGAGGCUUCUAGCAAAGACAUUUGGCAAGUAUGACAGAUAUGCAUCAGGCAUCUUCUACUAUUUUUCUAGCCUAGGUUUGUAAGAGCACUCUGAUUUAGAUGUAUAUUAGAUUCUUUAUUUUGUUCAAACGUUGUUCCUUUGAGAAAGACAAGUGCUUUGGCUCUUGUAGGUAUGUUUCAUGUCAUUAAUUCUAUAUGCAUGUUUCUCAAGCUAUAUUCUUCAUUUUUGCUCCUACAUCAA